AGAAAGUGAUAACGAGCUCGUUAUCUUCUUCUCUCUCUUUUUUCUCUCCAUUGAUACACCACGUUUCUUUCUUCUGGAUCUUAAUUGCAGAGGAAGAAGAAUUUAAAUAAAAAGAGAAAAUGAAGGUAAUUGAGAAGAUCCAAGAAGCUGCUUUAAAUGACAAAGUAGUUUUCUCAUUCGAGUUUUUCCCACCAAAAACUGAUGAUGGAGUUGAGAAUCUUUUCGAACGUAUGGAUCGUAUGGUUUCUCAUAAUCCUUCCUUCUGUGAUAUUACAUGGGGUGCUGGUGGUUCUACUGCUGAUCUCACUCUCGACAUUGCCAAUCGUAUGCAAAACCAGAUCUGUGUUGAAACAAUGAUGCAUUUAACAUGUACAAAUAUGCCAGUGGAGAGCAUUGAUCAAGCUUUGAAUUCAAUCAAGGGUAACGGAAUUCAAAAUGUUUUGGCUUUAAGAGGGGAUCCUCCUCAUGGUCAAGAUAAAUUUGUUGCUGUUGAGGGUGGAUUUGCUUGUGCUCUCGAUCUGGUGAGGCAUAUUAAAAAGAAUUAUGGUGAUUUUUUUGGAAUCACUGUUGCUGGUUACCCAGAGGCACAUCCGGAAGUGAUUGGAGAAGAUGGUGUGGCAUCUCCUGAAGCUUACCAGAAGGAUCUUGCUUAUUUGAAAGAAAAGGUUGAUGCUGGAGCAGAAGUCAUUGUCACUCAACUGUUCUAUGAUACCGAUAACUUCUUGAAGUUUGUUAAUGACUGUCGGCAAAUUGGAAUUGCUUGUCCUAUUGUACCGGGAAUUAUGCCUAUCAACAACUAUAAGGGUUUUGUGCGCAUGACUGGCUUUUGCAAAACUAGGAUACCAGCUGAGAUUAUGGCUGCUCUAGACCCUAUUAAAGACAACGAAGAAGCAGUCAAAGCCUACGGAAUCCACCUUGGUACAGAAAUGUGCAAGAAAAUCUUAGCUAGCGGUAUCAAAACAUUGCAUCUUUAUACACUAAACAUGGACAAAACAGCGUUGGCCAUAUUACAGAAUCUUGGUCUUAUCGAAGAAUCCAAGAUCUCGAGGACACUGCCAUGGAAACGGCCAACUAAUGUCUUCCGUGUUAAAGAAGAUGUCCGACCAAUUUUCUGGGCUAAUCGUCCAAAAAGCUACAUAUCAAGGACUAGAGGAUGGGAGCAAUACCCCCAAGGUCGAUGGGGCGAUUCUUGCAGCCCCGCUUAUGGUGCGCUGACUGACCAUCAGUUUUUGCGACCACGUUCAAAAGACAAGAAGCUUCAGGAGGAGUGGGCUGUGCCAUUGACAUCUGUUGAAGACAUUAAUGAGAAAUUUUCAAAACUAUGCCUGGGGAAACUUAAAACCAGUCCUUGGUCAGAAUUGGAUGGACUUCAGCCAGAGACAAAGAUCAUAGGUGAACAGUUGGGAGGCAUUAAUUCAAAGGGGUUCCUUACCAUCAAUAGCCAACCUGCAGUCAAUGGGGUGAAAUCUGAUUCACCUGCUGUCGGGUGGGGUGGACCCGGUGGAUACGUUUACCAGAAGGCCUACCUUGAGUUCUUCUGCUCUAAGGACAGGUUGAGUUCACUGGUUGAAAAAUGCAAGGCCUUCCCAUCUCUCACCUACAUUGCUGUGAACAAAGCUGGAGAAACCUUGUCUAAUGUGUCCCCUGCUGAUGUGAACGCGGUGACAUGGGGAGUCUUUCCAGCAAAGGAAAUCAUCCAACCAACUGUUGUGGACCCUACUAGCUUUGUUGUGUGGAAGGAUGAGGCUUUUGAGAUCUGGACAAGGGGAUGGGCACGUAUGUAUCCUGAAGGGGAUUCUUCAAGGACUGUAUUGGAGUCGGUGCAAAGCAAUUAUUUCUUGGUCAGUUUGGUUGAUAAUGACUAUAUCAACGGAGAUUUGUUCGGCGUUUUCAGGGAUCUAUGAAAACUACCAGCAUUCAAUCUCUUCCCCACUGUUUCAUUUUAAGAGUAGCAUAUUGUGAUUUUACGGAAAGUGUCAUCUUGGUGCAAAUUAUCUGCAUAAUAUCAUAUUAUUUUGCGUUUUAGUUUUCGUUUGUAUUGCUCUUCUCCUGAGUGUUGGCCCUCAGUCUGGAAAGUGACCCUCUUCUCAUGUUUUCUUUUUUUACAAUUUGUAUCAAAUAAUUAAUUUAUUAUUUGAGCAAAGCUCUGGAAUAUUACGUAUUUCAUCUAAAGGUCCUAAGCUAGUCUAACUCGCUAA